GGUAAUCUCUCCAGGUAGCGCAGUGACUCACUCUCAAACACACCUUAAACCCCACGCAUGGAGGACGCACUCGUCGCCGCUUCAACAUCGCCACAAGAAGACACCAGCUGAAUUGAAUGUGACAGCAUCCUGAGGAUUUGGACUGAAAUACUGCCUUCCAGAAGAGUCCACAACAAUGCCGGUGGUCAAAGUGGAGAAAGACACCCCGGCGGACACAUCCUCGGAGGCAGCAGACCGCCCGCUGCAAACAGAUGAGCAGCCCAGAGGUCGAAGGAGGAAAAGACCCCUCCAGCGGGGGAAGCCCCCUUACAGCUACAUCGCCCUCAUCUCCAUGGCCAUCGCCAGCUCCCCGGACCGCAAGCUCACAUUAGGGGGAAUCUACAAAUUCAUUACAGAGCGCUUCCCCUUCUACAGAGACAAUUCCAAAAAAUGGCAGAACUCCAUCCGCCACAAUUUGACUCUCAACGAUUGUUUCAUCAAGAUCCCUCGGGAGCCGGGGCGCCCAGGGAAGGGCAACUACUGGGCCUUGGACCCAAACGCAGAGGACAUGUUUGAGAGCGGUAGUUUCCUGAGGCGCAGGAAGAGGUUCAAGCGAUGUGACCUGAGCACCUACGCCUCAUAUGUGCACGAGAGUCCGGUUUUCACGCCGGUCCAGAUUGCCAGAUCAGCGCCGUAUUCCAACUCGGUCUACCCCAACAUGACAGUGAGUCCAUCCUACGGGCAGCAGCUCCCCUCCGCUUACUACCCCGCCUCAUCCCCGCCUGGCUUUGGACCCGGUCAGACUCGCAUGUUCAGCAUCAACAACCUAAUAGGACCUCCAGCCAGUAUGGUGGGAGUCCAAGGCCCAGAGGUGAUGCAGCAACCCAGCCGGAGCUUCACCCCAGAGGGGCUGCCGAGCGGAUCCAGCCCCUGCAGUCUGGGACCUCCAGGUUUCCAAAGCCAACCGUGUGGAGGCGCAGUGCCGCCCCGCUCCACCACACACCCAAGUUUCGCCUACUCCGGGCACCCGAGCGGCCACCCACACCAGCAUGCUCCCCAAGGACCUUAUGGACAAGCCCACGGAGGCAUGUACGGCACCACCGGACGCCUGCCGUCUGCGGGGCACGGAUCGGCAGACACGGCGGACCACUAUGGUAGGGUCUCGCCAGUGCAGCUGGGCUCUUUCUCACAGUACAACAGCACUGGGGGUCCUAUCGCAAACACAGGGGGUUACCUGCGACACCCCCCCUACCCUGGGAACAUGGACAGGUUUGUGUCUGCUAUCUGACACUUGAGACACUAAUGCACACAACUGCUGUAUGUAAUAUUUUUUUAUCUAUUUUUGAGGACAAAAAGAAGGUGUUUUAGAAACCAAAUAUUUUUGGAAAGUUUGACUUUAAAAGUCCUCAAAGUGUAAAUAAUAUCUGAGUGUGGUUUACCGCUAGUUGAUUUCAUGGCUUUCUAUAACUUAUUGUGCUUAACGGUCAAAGGCUUUGCAGGAAUUGUCUUGUAUGAAGAACGUCAGCUUAAGGACAAUGCAUGUGUGGUGUUUGGAAAAUAAAUAACUGUACUGUACAGCACUUUCCUUCUUUAACGGUAAAACAUCUAAACGUAACACUUUGGUUUGGUUUGCUUUGCUUUGCACGUGCUUAACAAAGUUACAUUGAGUACAUCACGUCUUCAACAUGUCCGAAAAGGAGGAGGAAGAAGCAGAGCUUAUUUUUUUAUUCUUCCAAUAUUCACUGUUACACACCAUUUUCACAAUUUAGUUUUUUUAGUGGCCACAACCAAUUACAUGACAAGUUAUCUAACAAAAUAAGAAGGGGUCAUUUCUUUCGUGUACGCAGCGUUUCAGCUCAGCUGCUUCCAAGUAGCGUCUGGAACCCGCGUCUUAGACUCUUAAUAGCGGCACAAUGGCUUGUAACGCGAUAGUUUAGGCCUUAAAGCUGAGCAAUUAGCGCCAUUUCAAUAGCGUCUCGAGACAAGACAAGGCUCGAAAGGAACCACUUCAUUAGCGUUAGAUACUUGAUGACGCCCACAGGGGGAGGAAAGCCGUACUGACAGAAAUACAGUAUUUGUCCGAAACUGAUACCUCUAAGAUUAAAAACUAAUAUUAAUCAAAAUUCUGUUAAAUGUAACUUAUUUUACAACGGUUGUUUAAAAAACACUCAACACUUUCUACACUCAACAUUUUCUCAAAUACAACAUGGACAAUUUAACAGGAUUCAGCAUUAAAAAUAAUCACAUUUUAGUAGCAGCAAGUUAAAAACAUUAAGAGUAAUUUAGAAAAUUUCAAGACCGGUCAUUUUCUAACAGAUCCAAUCAUUCUUUAACCGAUUUGACUUUUUCUAUAUUUUGCAGACUCCAGACGGUCCUUUUCUUGCCGUACAGAAAACAAUCUGAAUCUGAAGCGAGCCUACUGCGUUUUAAAUGUUUACUUUGUUUCUGUUUCCAGCUUCUGCACCUCCACUGAGGUCCUCUGGCACCGCCUAGUGCAAACUUGCGUCUCACGUAGUAUAAAAAAUAGGGAUGUCAAAAAUAGCGCAGCAUGAACAAAUUUAUUUAAUUAACUCCAAAAAGUUUGUGCAUCACGGCUCGUUAUGACUACAGGCUGCGGCACUGUGGCGCUUCCCACAGAGUCACACAGCAUCUCUGACGCUCUUUUUAACGUUAUUCUUACCUGAACAAAUCAACAGCAGUGUUGAUAUACUAUACUAAUACCUGUAUACUCGAACUCCAAACAAACACGUCUCUAGUCCAUUCGUCAUUGCAACGACACUUCCUCAUUGUCACUCGACAGAUGCAUUCAUGAACCCUCGGAACACCGCAACAGUCUUUAAUAUGCGCGUAUGUGCUGUCUAAAUAAACAGAAACGCAAAGAAAAACAGUAAGUGGACAUUCUUAUCACUCAGUUUGUAACUCCCAAUGCGGAAGUACAAUUUGCUGCAUUUAAGUAUGCCCGGAAAUCCCCGAAAUUCACUCAAAAAUGUGAAUUGCUGUGAACGACGUGUUGUCAUUGAACGUCAUUGCUCAUAAGGCAGUUAAAGUCUUAAAGAAACCAAUGUUAGAUAUGUGUGCCAUUUCUUAACUUGAUUGAAAUUUUCAGUUAAUUUGGUGCUGUUAAUGCACACAAAUAUAUUAGAUUGUACUUUAUUUAUACCACAGCAAGGACAUUUUGAUGUUUCAGUAGCAGAAUACAUACAGCGCCGUCCAUAAUUGUUGGCACCCCUGGUUAAGAUUUGUUCUUUAGCUUCUAAUAAUUUGAUUUUUUUUCUAAAAAAUAUAGGACCAUACUGAAAAUUGGAGAAAAAUGUAACCUUCAUCUCAAGUGAAUUUUAAGAAAAUAAAAAAAAUCCCAGACUAAGAAAUAAUUAUUUUUCAUAAAAUGACCUAUUCCACAAUUAUUGGCACCCCUAACAAUUCCUAGGAAAUAAAUGUAAUUGAAGUAUUUCUGUCAUUUCUACAGUAGUUUACAAAGUUGAUCAGAGUAUUGAGGAACAUUUAAUUAGUAAUUCAUCACUUCCUGUUUCUUUGGGGUAUAAGUAUGACGUGACACAGAAGCCAUUUCUAUUAUCCACUCUUCAACAUGGGAAAGAAAAAGGAACACCCCAUUCAAGUAAGGCAGAUGUGCGUCGACCUUCACAAGUCAGGCAAUGGCUACAAGAAAAUAGCCACUGACCUGCACCUGCCCAUAUCUACUGUCAGAGGAAUCAUUAACAAGUUUAAAACCACUAGAACAGUGGUAAACAAGCCUGGACGAGGACGCAAGUUUAUUUUGCCACCACGCUCAGUGAGGAGGAUGGUAAGAGAACUAAAACAUGCUCCAAAGCUCACUGUUCAAGAAUUGCAACAAAUGGUAGCAUCUUGGGGUCACAAAGUCUCCAAAACAACCACCAGGUGCUAUCUACAUGCCAAAAAGCUGUUUGGGAGGAAUGCACAGAAAAAAACAUUUGUCACUCCCAAUCAUAAACGUAAAUGUGUGCAGUGGGCUAAGCUUCAAGAGGGACCGUGCGCUUUGGUCAGAUGAGACCAAGAUAGAGCUUUUUGGCAACAAACACUCUAAGUGGGUCUGGCGUAACUCAAAAGAGGAGUAUGCAAAAAAGCACCUCAUGCCCACUGUGAAGUAAUGGGAAGGAUCGGUGAUGCUGUGGGCCUGUUUCUCUUUAAAAGGCCCUGGGAACCUUGUUAAGGUGCAUGGCAUCAUGAACGCUUUGAAAUACCAGGACAUUUUAAAGCAAAAUCUGGUGGCCUCUGCCUAAAGCUGAAGAUGGGUCGUAACUGGGUCUUUCAGCAAGAUAAUGACCCUGAACAUGGGGCCAAAACUACACAGAAAUAGUUCACCAGACACAGAAUCAAGCUCCCACCAUGGCCAUCUCUGUCCCCAGACCUCAACCCUAUUGAAAACCUGUGACCUGUGACCCAGGUCGCUGGAUGAUUUAGAGAGACUGUGCAAAGAGGAAUGGUCAAAGAUCCCUCUUUCUGUAUUCUCCCACCUUGUGAAACAUUAUAGGAGAAAAUUAGGUGCCAUUUUCUUGGCAAAAGUGGGUUGUGCAAAGUGUUACAUCAGGGGUGCUAAUAAUUGUGGCUCACAUGAUUUGAUGUAAAAUAAUUAUUUCUUCAUGUGUGAUUUUUUUUUAUUUUCUUAAAAUGUACUUGAAUUAAAGUUUGGAUUUUCCAGUUGCGGUCCUAUAUUUUAUUAGAAAAAAAAUAAUGUAUUAGAAGCUAAAGAACACAUCUUAACCAGGGGUGCCAA